AUGAAGUCUGUCGCAGUGGCCCUCGCAGGCGCUGUCACUGUUGCCAAUGCGCUAGCUACUCCGGACCUCAGUGAACGCCAUGGACCGCCCAGCUAUCACCAUGGUAGGCCGGGGAAACCAAGUUCCGGAUCGGGAUGGGACCUCGAGACUUUCACCAGUCUUGUGAUAUUCGGCGACAGCUACUCUGACGACUCACGCUUGGGCUACUUCAUCAACAGCGGAGGCGAUCCUCCGCCAGUUGGCUGGGUGGAGCCUGUCGCCAACAAGUCCGCCGACGGCGGCUAUAUCUGGGGCGAAUACGUCUCCCGCUACGCGGGCGUCAACAAGUACAACUACGCCGUCUCCGGUGCAGUCUGCAGCAACGACAUCACGCCGCGCUACUUCAGCGCCAUUGACGCACCUUUCCCGGCGCUGGCGCAGUACGAGAUUCCGGCGUAUAUCGCUGACAGCAAGUAUGUGGAGAAGAACGGGACGAAGUUCAUGAUUGAUCCACCGGAUGAGACGGUGUAUGCUUUCUGGGAUGGAACGAAUGAUCUGGGGUAUUAUGCUUUUAUUCAAGACGAGCAGGUGGAGGGCACCGACCUUACGACCUACGUCGACUGCAUGUACCGCCAGAUGGAGCGCGUCUACAACAACGGCGGCCGCUACUUCGUCCUGUUCAACAUCGCCCCACUCGAUCUUGCGCCAAUAUACGCUGCGCCGCCGAACGAUAUCGGCGCGAACCAGUACUGGCCUGACAAGCCGAAGAACCACACGCUGCUCAACGGACGCAUGAUUGAGGAAGUGGCGACCGUGAAUGCCAUCUUUGACUACCGGACGCCUUUUGCCGUUGAGCUGAAGAACAGAUAUCCCGGGGCCAAGUUUGCUGUGUAUGAUGUUCAUGGUUUGAUGUUGGAUAUCUACAACAACCCAUCCGACUACCUCAACGGCACCGCUCCGUUGAACGUCGACGGAUACGUGAACCACUGCAACACCACUGGCGGCGACUGCGUGGCGAACGACAGCCCGGAUAGCUUCUUGUGGUAUGAUGAGCUGCAUCCUUCUGAGCAGACGGAACGUGUGAUUGCGAUGAACUUUAUUGAUGUGGUGAAGGGCGCGAGCAAGUGGGCGACGUACUGGGGAUAG